CAAGCGCACCGAACUGACUGAAGACACCAAGGGAGAAAGCUAGUAAUGCUUAUCGUCACUGUCAGCUAACCUUGACACAAUGGGCACACUAGCCGUAAAAUUCGCAUAGGUUAAAAGAUGUGUCAGUCUCUACUUUAGCUAAAUUUGCAGAUUUGUUUCGUUCGAAUAUAUGAAGUCUAUUAUUCCGUAUGGUUGGUUCCUAUUCCAAUCCAAUUUACUUUUGUACUAGCUAACCAUUGCUAAUCGACAAGCAGGCUGCAACUGACCCUUCAUUCUGUUUUGGUUGAGGAGGAGGUGACCGUAACACAAAAUCUGGCGUUUUUAGCUUGCGUUAGUAGCCUAACGUUAACAUCUGGUAACACAGGUGAGGAUUCCCUGGAGGUAGCUACUGUAGUCUAGCUAGCAGAUUUUGCUUGUUAGCUUACACCUACUCGCUAAACAAAACUUGCAAUCGCUCUAGUCUAGAGCCAGUUAGCAAAUGACGCGAGUUGAAGUUACUUAGCUGGUAAUUUAUUUGUUUCCGUAUUCGGCCACCAUACAAUUAUUUGACAGUGCAUGGAACUUAAAUGUAUCUGACUGAGGCAUGAAGAAAAACACUUCCGGGUGACAAUGCAGCUUUACCAAAUAAACAAAAUUAACGAAAUAAACAAGUCGCUGUGAAUCGUCACUGGUCUGCGGACCAAGAGAGACAGAAAAACAACUUGCCAGGGAUGCUACAUCCGGAAUGGCAGAGAGACAGGACAAUGAGGUGGAGGAGGCUGACCAGGUUUACCUCCUCAUGAAAAAGGAGUACCGCAUCUCCCGAAACGUGCGCCUUGCCUGGUUCCUGAGCAAGCUGAACCAGGUCAUCCGGCCGACCCCCAAGAGCGAGCUGCUCAACUCCGAGAAUGAGCUGGACGUCCUCAGCAUCCUGCCCAAGGGGUGGCAGCCGGACUUCUCCCCCUCCGCCCUGCCGCACCAGCUGGUGCCCUCCACCCGAGUCACCUUCCUGGCCCGGCGCUACCGCUUCAUCAUUGAGCUGGACCUCAGCCCCUCCACGGGGAUCGUGGAUGACAGCACCGGGGAGAUGAUAUUCGACGAGGUGUUCCAUGCCCUGUCUCGCUGCUUGGCUGGACUGGCCAGACCUUUCAAAGUCCCUGGCACUGACCUCAUGUUCCAGCCAGAGAUCUUCAUCACCAUCCUCGCCUACUCCUCCAUCAUUGGGCUCCACUCUCACCAGGUGUUGGUUCAGGGCUGUCAGCUGGAUCGUACGGAUCUGGACCAGUUCCUGCUGCAGAUCUACCAGCAGCUCAGAGCGAUGGAGAACAACAUCGCAGAGGUCCUGCAACAGCAGCAUCAUCAGGCCAGGGGACAGCAGCCCGAGGGGGGCGUUCCGUGCGGCGGCAUUGCCGGCGACAUCCUGGAGGACCCGCCCCAGAAGAAGCUGGGGGUGUCCAUGGUGACGGCAGACGUGGGGCUGGUCAGUAUGGUUCGACAGGGGAUUCUGGCUCUCCAGCUUCUCCCCCCCAACUCCAGUGCGGGUAUAAUCAUCAUCACAGACGGGGUGACCAGCGUUCCUGACGUGGCCGUGUGCGAGACGCUUCUUAACCAGCUGAGGAGUGGGACGAUCGCCUGUUCCUUCGUACAGGUGGGAGGGGCCUUCUCAUACGACUGCAGCUUCGGAUACAUCCCCAACGUGGAGCUCAUGAAGUUCAUCUCUCUCGCCACGUUCGGGUCCUACCUGUCAAUCUGCCCAGAGGUGGACCUGUCCAAUCAGGAAAUCAACACCUAUCACAAGGCCUUCCUCACCUACUCCUUCCUGAAGACCAGCGAGUCCAUGAAUCCGGAAUACUACUGCGUCUCUCAGCACAAGCUGUUCAAUGAGCACCUGGUGUCAGCCAGUGGGAACCCUGCUCUGGUGAUGCGCAGAAAGAAGCACACGGAGAAGGAGGUCCACGCCCACCUGGUGAGCGUGGUGUCGGUGCGACUGAGGGAGGGCUACACUAUCCGUGAGGUCAACCUCACCAAAGGGGGCAGUCAGCUGGAGGUGAAGUUGGUCCUCCUGUGGAAACACAACAUGCGCAUCGAGUACCUGGCCGUGGCCUCCUGGCCCCUGGACCCUGGGAGCCGCACCACCUGGGUGGAGGUCACCAUGGAAGGCAGCUACGACAUCCUGCACGACAUCAGCUGCACCAUGAGGAAGCCCAUCACCAGCCCCUACCGCACCUCUGUUAUCCGCCGCUUCUGGAACACUCUGCAGAGCAUAAACCAGACAGAUCAGAUGCUGGUUCAUCUGCAGUCCUUCAACUCCAUUCCGGAACAUUACACCAUCCCAGAGAGCACCAAGAACGGGGUUCCUCUCUUCUACAUCCCUCCUGGAUCCACCAUGCCUGUGCUGUCACUGCAGCACAGUGGCUCCAAGGAUUCCAACCAGUCCCAGUUCGCCUCCUACUGGAAGCCCAUCCUCUCUAUGGACGCCAACUUCUGGCAGAGGUGGCUGCACAUGCAUCGCAUCGCCAUCAUCUUGGAGCAUGACAUCCCUGUGCCCAAACACCUGCACACCGCGGGCAGCAACGGACGCUUCAGCACCAUCCAGUGCCGCAUCUCCCACACGGCCCUCACCUCCCUGCUACGGGACUGGAGCAGCUUCGUGCUGGUGGAGGGCUACUCCUACGUCAAGCUCUUUUGCAGUGCGUCCGACCAGCCUCCCUCCUCUUUCUACCUGGUGCGUCUGAUCUCCAAGGCCCCCUGCAUGGUCCUCCGCCUGGGCUUCCCUAUUGGGACACCCGCCCAAACCAGGAACAAGAUUGUGGAUGAGCUGCGGGACCAGAUCCUCCGACUGAGGUUUCCCCACCGCGUCCAAAACAAGGAGGCCACACCCAAAGUGAAGAGGAAGAUCCUGGGGAACGCCUCCCCCUCCAAAUCUCCCCCUCUCCCAACCCCCAAGCCAACACCAUCCGAUCGGCCUUGCGUGGUGGUGCUCAACAAACCCCUGGAAAAACUGCUCAUUAGGUACGAGAAGCUCCCGUCGGACUACCACACGCCGUUCAUCCUGAACAUGGAGCACUUCACCCAGGGGCCCACCAUGUCGGCCCCCCUCACCAUGGCUGCCAGCCGCACUGCCUCCUCCACGCUGGCCUCGCUGUCGCGGUACUUCCUGCACCAGCGCUGGGUGUGGGCGGUGCAGUCCGGCUCGGGCCCGGCCGUGCCCCUGCAGGCCGUGGCGCACAUCCUCUCCAUGCUGUCUGAGAUUCGGCUCUCAGAAGGCUUUCAUUUUGCUGCUAGUGGUGAAGGCAUCAUCAACAUGGUGACAGAACUGCCAAUGAAGGGCAUGCCAGCUGCAGUGGACAGAGAACACCACACCUGCAUCGUCCAGUACAUCCUGUUUCCCCCGCACUCUACCUCCACUAAGGACAGCUUCUCCACAGACGACGACAACGACACCGAGGUGGAGGCUAUUGACAUGGACACUGAACUGAACCUGGUGACGGAGUGCUGGGUGGAGCCACAGAGUGGGACGGUGUGGAGCUCCUCGGACCAACACCGCCACCUGCAGGGCCUCACCUACGACGAGGUCCCCCAAGCGAUUUUUCCACGCGACUUGACCUGCAUGUCGACCAUGAUGACCUUUGAGUAUCUGAGCCAGCUGUGCCAGAACAAGGACCAGGUCUACCCCCUCUGUGCAGUCAAGAGUAAUGCAGGAGAGGCCCCAACAACUGAUGACUGCAUCCACACAGUCCCUUUCCAGUUUGACCUGAUGAAGCUGCUCCCCAAGUGCCAGCAGAUUGAGAUCUUCUUCCUUGCUCUCAGUAGAGUAGUGGAGAAUGAAGAGCCGGCCCAGAGCGCCCCCUGCCUGCCCAAUGAGCUGCUGCUGGACCUGUUCCACAGCUGUCUGCAGCAGGACCUCAGCGACCGCCACAUCCCAUUGGCUGAUGCCGACCACGUGACCUUCAUGCAGCACAUCCUGCAGAGAGAGCGGGAUGGACACGUGGCGCCCUUCUCUUUGCCUGUUAUAAAAGAGGAGUGCCUGAAGCAGGACACGGCGAUGUCGUUCCACACCGUCGGGAGCAGUAAGGAGGUGACGAGCUCCAACAGUACCCUGCAGAGUUUCAGCAAUGCAGACCUGGCUGAUGAGGAACACAUUCCUGUUGAGAGUGACAGCCUUUCUCCACAGUGGAAAUGCUACGCUAAAUGUGUCAACCCCCAGCAGAUCUUCCUCACCUUUCUCCCAGCUACCUUUGCAGAUGUGCAGAUACUGAUGUCCUCUGGCAUCGACCGAGAGCCCCCGGGCAGCGGUAGCUCCCAAGAGGACGAGGACACCCACACUCACAGCCGCGUCCAAUCGCAGACCGACUCUCACGACGGCUCGGCCAACUGGACGGCGAGACCGGAGCCUUCCGCCGAGCACGGGGCCAGCCCCCUGACGAACGGCUCAAACAGCAGUCUCCUGAGCCCCGGCCAGAGCGCGCGGUCCCCAUCGUCAGAUGGCAGGAGGUUGGAAGAGUCCAGCCUGGAGAACGAGGACUGGGCUGGCCAGGGUACGGCCGGGGAGAAUGGCGCUGUGCUCCCAGGGACAGAGGAGAGGGAGGGAGUGCAGUUUGCCGAACCCCUGAAGCGGGACUUCCACAUCACCUUCAGCAGGCAGGUGUCUCAGCAGAGCUCCGGUGAUCUUUCCCGUCCCCGCUGCCCCGUCUACAUCUACAACUGCUCCCUGGAGUCGCUCAAGGAGCAGCUGGUGCACCCCCGCACCGGCAGGCAGCCCCGGGAUGUCUUCUUCAGACCUCAAGACGCAGACUCCUGGGAGAUCUAUCAGCAGAUGAAGUUCAGGUCUCUCUCCCAGGAGCGCAGCAGCACCUCCUCCUGGACGGAGCUCAUGGCGCACACCCACAAGCACAAGGAGCUGGGCAACUACUGCAGCCUGCUGCAGGAGCACUACCACCAGAGCUAUGUCAAAGGCGUGUACCGCAGCCUGCAGCAAUCCCACAACAUCAGCUCCCAGGACGUCUUGACCGCCAUGGACUACUGCGAGGAGUCCCUCCAGGAGAUCGACAUCAGCGCCUUCCUGCAGACCCUGUGCGGCCACAUCCGCACCUUCCGGGAGCGCCAGGAGCAGCCGGGCGGCCCCGGGGCCCGGGGAACACCCGCUAAUCCUGCCACCUUCACCAUCGGGGAGGUCGAGGAGGAGGGGGCGUCUGAGAGGGGGGCGCUGGUCUCCUCUUCCAGUGUGGAGACGGAGGAUGUUAGUGACGUGGAGUCUCGAUGGAAGCCCUCCACACCAACCUCCCCUGUGGCUCCAGAGGAACCUAAACCCCAGAAGGUCUUCCCAGAAUUCCCUCUGUCACAUUUACAGACCCAGCAGAAGUGUGAGGUGUUCCCUGACCUGCACAAAAUUAUACAGGACAAAUUCAUGGAAAUUGGUGCACAGUACUUCAAGACCGUGCCUUCAAACCCACACUACUUCUUCUACUGCCCACCGUCGGCUAAGAAAGAGGAGGACUCGGACCAUGAGGAAGACAGGAGACCCUGCGAGGAGACUGAAGUUUCAGAGGCUGAGCUCGCCACCGAGGAUGAAAAUGUGUCGGGCUGCUGCAUCGUUACCGAGAGCGACACGGACUUGGAGGUGGAGUACCAAGAGCGCGCCGACAGGAAGUUCCCGGACAACGAUUCCCUGUCGGACUCCAACACUGUGAACCAGGACGAGGAUUCCUUCAGUAUCCUGGAGGGGGAUUCUUUACUGGAGCCAGAGGGGCCCCAACCUGAGAUGCCCCCUCUCUUCGUCCACCUCACCUGCUCCGUCAACGUGAAGAACUGUCAUGGCUCCAUGCCCAUUCAGACACUUCCCACCUGCCUGGGUGAGGUUAUAUCCUGCCUGGAGAAUGCAGAGUCCCUUCAGUCAGUUGAUCUGAACGAGCUGUCGGUCACUCUUGACAUCUUCGUCUUGACCCUGCCUCUGGAGAUUGAAGUCAUGGCCUCUGACUUCCACCACAACAGGUACACCUCAGAAAGCAGUGUGUCCUUGAACCGUUCCCCCGGGCAGCCGUCGUCCUACCGCUCGGACGAGGAGCUGAUGGGGACCCUGGAUGGCUUGCGGGGGUCAGGGGUGGACGGGGUUUCGGGAGAUCCUCUGGCCAAACUCCCCAUCCCGCACAAGCUGGCCGUCUUGGCCACCAUGGAUGAGAUCCGCUGGCUGCUGGAGGACGAGAUCGUCUCCGCCCUCCGGCACUCCAGAGUCAUCUCCACCUGCACCCUGCAGAAGGUGGCCGACCAUGUGUACCGCUCUAGCGGCCGGCCUCACUGCCACUGCGAGGUGGUGCCCCUGCAGUUCGUCUUCGGCCCCGAGCAGUCCUUGGAGAAGUUCAAAGAGGAAUUUCGAAGGAUGUCCCUCUCUGGCUAUCUGCUGAAUGGGGAACUGGAUAAUUUCCACUAUGUGUCCAUCAGCCGGCUUCAUUCCCAGAGGAUUCUGGCUGCCCGGAAGGUGUUCGAACAGGCCCCGAACACUGAGGAGUACACCAAGACCUCCCAGCAGCCCAAUCACAGUGGGGAGGUGGAAGAAACCCUCAGGGCAUCAGCCAAUCGGAACGCAGCAGGGAAAGAGAUGGACAGUGAACCUGAGGUGGAGAGGGCGGAGCCUAAUUCUGUGGGGCUGGGAGAGGAGAAGCGAUCAGGGGCCAGGCAGCCUGUGAGCGACCCCGCUCCGGAGCCCAGCGACACCAGCCGGACCUGCCAGGGGGACCGAGAGGAGGCCUGGCCGCAGAGCUUAGCUGGCAGCAGCUCCGCUGGGGGGGACAAACCGCCAGUGGGCACGCCCCACUUGCAGCCCAGCGGCAGCACAGACCGGUCCUCUGACCACGCCUCGCCCCCCAAGACCCCCUCCGCCGUCAGCCUGGCCGAGUCGGUGCAGUCCGCCACUCAGAGUAGCGGGAAGUUGAGGCCCAGCCGGGUGCAGAGUGUGGUGUCCAGCCAGGGCAGUCUGGACUCUGACAUGCUCGGCUACGACGGGGGCAGCAGCGACUCGGAGUGUGAAGGGCCCACCAUGGACGAGCAGGAGACCCAGUGUCCCCUCAUGCCCGACUUCUGGCUGAUCGUGAAGAUCCACCAGGACAGGGUGGAGGUGUACUCUCACUCCAGGAGCUUCAAUGGAGGGAAGGAGGGGGGGACAGGAGAGGCUGAGAAAGAGGAGGAGGUGCCCGAGUACCUGAAGCUCCACCAUGUUGUGGUGCGCAAGAUCGGGGAGAUCUGUCGCGUGGUCAACCAGCGCCUCCUGCUGAAGGACCUCCAUGACAGCCACGUGUGCAACUCCCUCCUGGUGGCCGAGAGCGAGGAGGACAUCUGGAAAAACGAGUCCUUGUACCGGCAGAAGAUGGCCAGUUCUGACGACUACAACGCGGAGGAGAGCUACCAGCCCAGGGACUACCUGGCCGCCACCAUGCAGUUCAUCCCGGGACACUUCGCCUGCGACGUGGUGUGGAGCACGGUCAUCCACAUUCACCCCCGGCUCAAGAUGGGGCCCAACAUGGGUGUGUCAAGAGCAAUUCAAGCCCUGCGGUCAGUGCUCAAUGCCUUCUGCGUUGUCAACAGGAAGAACAUGUUUGUCUACCAGGAGCGUACCACGAAAUCAGUCUUCUACCUCAGACUCACAGAGACGCCUCAGAGUGGGAAGUUUUCAGAUUUGGAUGGCAACCCCCUGCACAUGUCCCGCUCAGUGGGCCUGGCCCGCAGCCAGGAGCCCAUCUACAGUGAAGACCUUUCGGGGUCCCGGUCCUCCCUGGAGGGCUCCCGUCCCAUUGGACAGGUCGACAAGCACAUCCUGCUGCUUGUGCAUGGAGUGGGCCAGGCUGGUCCGGAGAUCACGGACGAGCUGGUCAAGGUCCUACGCAAGCGGCUGGAUGAGGCCACACUGGACAUCAUCACUGUUAUGCUUGUUCGCAACUGCAAGCUCACGCCGGCCGACGUGGAGUUCAUCCAGCCGCCGGGAUCCGCAGCCACAGAGGUGAUGGAGUUCAUCCUGCCGCAGUACUCGCUCACCUGGAUCCAGGCUGCGGCGCACUACCUCCGACAGAACCUGCUCAUCUUCCUGCACAUCCCCAAGUACACCGACAGCAACAUGGUUCACCACUUCAAGCACUACUUUCAUUCCAGCAGCGGGUUGCCUGACUCGGAUAUCUACCUCUACAAUAAGCCUGGAGGUCAGGGGACGGGAGGGAAAGGUACCAUGUCGGAGCUCGUUCAACACCUCUUCCCACCUUCCCAGUUCCAAGGGAUUGCUUGUAUCGCCCUGUCUUUCGUGGACGCUCAAGGGUGCCCCCUGCAGGUUCCAGCCCAGGAUUGCUCCGAGCCUCUGCGAGGAGACACCUCUGCUAUUCUACUCCAGCCCGAGCAUUUCGAGUCCCUCACAACUGUCGUCAAAUUGGACUCCCUUGGCCCGGAGACAGCGGGCUUGUGCUUGACAGGGGCGAAGAUGCGCGUUCGCUUUGACAUCUGGGAGCAAGGAAAUGUGAGUCCCCUUCAGCUGACUGACAAGCUGCGAGGUGCUCUCCGACACGCCCUGUGUGAUGUCAUCAUGGAGUUUAGGAUGCUGCCUAAUCCUUUGUGUUUGGAGGUCUUCAAUGUGCCUGCUGCCAUCCCCGCCGGUCAAAAUGACUGCACAAAUGGGCUUUUAAAUCCACAACAGCCUGAGACCAAAGAAAACAAGGAUUCAGUCCGACAGUCCAGUGGUUCCAGGGGUAACAAAAGCAGCCCUUCUCCUAUAACCUUGAUACCGGUGCCUAGCACCACCCCUAGCCCUGGGACAAGCACCCCCGAGUCUACCACACCCACCGGGAAGACCACCCGUCGCAGCUUCUGGGAAAUACUGAGCAAGCCAGAUCCUUCAGAGCUCGGGAGCCCCAAAACCACGGACGACAUCGUGCAGGAGCGAGGGGAGGACAGCCGGGUGACGAGACGCCGGCACAAGACCGAGAGCGUCAAGCAGCAGUGGAGCCAGGAGAACAGGCCCAGAGCUGCUGAACUAGAGCAGGCACAGAGGAGGCAUGUGGCCCAGCUGGAGGAGGGAGAAAUCGGGACCCUGCACCCGGUUUACCAGAGCGCCUGCCAGCCAUGGGUCGCUUUCAUGGCCAAGCUGGGGUGCCCCUCCAUCCAGCAGUGCACAGCUGAGAUUGCCUCUCAGUUCCUACUCCCCUCAAUCCUAACAGAGAUUGUCAAUCUGGUCAGCUCCCUGGCCAGCGACACCACAGUGAAGGUAUUCGAAAAGACAAGCAGUCCUCAAGGAGACACUUUUAUACCGCUACCUCUCAUUCAUCACCCCUGCAACCCUCCUGGCACUGCUAGGCACUUCAUUCUCAUUGGACGGAACUUCCACCAAUGGCAUUGCAGCACAGAGCAAGAAGACAGUUCAGAUGAGGAAAACACCCCUGUGCUUAAUAGGUUCACACCUCACAAGGGGUUCCAGCGCUUCGAGGCCCUGGAGCAGAGUGACUGGUUCAGCCCUGGACAGGCCUGGAAGGGCGUGGCCCCGAGACAGAGGUUCCUCAUCAUUCACAUCCUGGACAAGAAGGUGACCCUGUACACGUAUAACUGGUCGGUGGACCUCGGGGCCACGCUGAGCCGUGAGCUGACCCGGCUGGUGCAGUGGCAGAACGCCCGUUCCCACGUGGUGCACUGCCUGCUCAGCCAGAAGAUGGGCCUGUUCCACCACUACUGCUUCUCCGACACGCCCACGCACGAGGACCUCAAGCAGGAGCCCAACCCGUUCUUAAACUCCACCCUGGAGCCGGACGCCCUCCUACGCAGUCCCAUCCCGCCCGUGGCAGGCAAGGACCAGGGGAGGCUGAGCGGCUCUGGGCGCAGCCUCCCCCCACUCCCCUUCUCCCCGGAGCUGGUCCCCUUCGACGAGGCCCUGCGGGACAUCACCGCCGGGAGGCCCAUGGACCCGGCGGGAGGCGCAGACAUCGUGGCCCGGCACGGAGCUCAGCUCCUGGAAAUAAAGGCCGCGGAGCGUAGGGAAAUGGAGAAGCAAAUGAAGAUCGAGAACCUCUUUGUGACGUGGCAGCAGAGGUCUGCACAGUCCAACAUGCCCAUUACUGUCGCUGACCUAGACACCCUGAAGCAGUCGUCGCGGCUGGUGCACUACUGCGCCACCCCGCUCCUCUUCGACCCCGUCUUCCGUAAACAGAUCCAAGAGGAGCAGAUAAUCCACCCGCAGGUCAAGAAGCGGCACCGCUCCAAUGACUCCAACGCCUCGGGCCGGGACCGCAGCUACAGCACGGACUCUGCAGAGAUGCUGCCCAGCCGUCUGCGGGAGGAGCCCUGGCUACAGGACAUCUCCAACACCUUCCUGCAGCAGUACGUCCAGUACCUGCAGAGCAUGGGGUUCAUCUUGGUGCAGGUCCGGCCCCAGUCCCCCGCCCGCAGCAUUGCGCGUGCCCGGGCUGCCGCCUUCAGCUCUCUGUCCACUGAAGGGAGAACGUCCUUCUCCUACAACAAGCAGAAGAGCGAGGAGAGUCCCAAGAGCGGCGGGGCGGGGACCACAGCCUACCACCUCCAGCGGGCCUUGCCAGGGGGAAUCGUGCUGAUGGAGCUGGCCUUUCAGGGCUGUUACUUCUGCGUGAAGCAAUAUGCUUUGGAGUGCUCCCGGAUUCCCAUGGGCCAGACGGUCAACUCCCAGGGCUCCCUCCUCAGCAAACCUCGUAGCAAGCCGUACGCCGAGGCCACCUCCGUCUCUGACUCUGCGCUGUCCAUGCUCUUCACGGAGGAGUGUGACAAGGUGCGGGAUCUGAUGCACGUGCACUCCUUCAGCUACGACUUCCACCUGCGGGUGGUGCACCAGUACCUGCUGGGCUGCCACAUGACCCUGCGGCAGGGCUACCAGCUCACCAGCUUCCUGGAGGACUUCAUCGCCCACCACCCGGACAUCCCCAAGUUCGGCCGCAACCACGUCUUCCAGGGCAACUAUUCUGUCUCCACGGGAAUGAUAACGGCUCACCAGCUGUACAAUUACAUCACCGACCACGCCGGCACCUACAAGAUGAAGCCUCUGCGUAUGUCCAAGGCAGCAGUGACCACAGACAACAAGAAGGGGGCGCCAAGCACCGACCUGCACGAGUACGCAUUGGUGGCUCUCUGGAACAGCUCUGGUUCCUAUAAGGAUUUGGAGGGCCUGCGUCACCAUGACGACUUUGACGUGUCGCUGCUGGUGUGCCACAACGCGGCCCCUUUCGAGGAGCAGUCUGAGGGGGAGAGACACCUGCUGAGGCUGCAUUACUACGUGAUCAUGACCAGCCAGCGAGAGCUCUUCCCCCGGCUAACAGCCGACAUGCGGCGCUUCAAGAAGCUUCCGCCCAUCCACCGGGAGCCCAGCGACCUGGGCGGCAAGGCCCCACAGGAGAGGGGGGCCGAGCCGGACGGGCCCCGGGAGCCGGAGGACCUGUGGGAGGAGGCGGCGGCCAGCGACAGCAGCGAGUUCUACCCGCCAGACGCCCAGGCCCCGGGCCUCUUCUACACCUCGCCCCUCUUCCCCCUGCUCAACUCGGAGGUGAGCUCUGCGCGGAGACAGAUCCAGACCAGCGUGCAGCAGGCCAUGGGGCACUGUCGCCGGGACAACCUGUGGAGGCGCCUGUUCCACGGCGAACACCUGGCCCUGGACAAGCUCAAGUUGAGCAAGCUGAGCUUCGCCGAGCUGGAGGAGCUGCUCCAGGCCGUGCAGAGCCGCUCCAUCGGGGAGAUCGACCCCCAGCUGGACUGCUUCCUGACUAUGAGCCCUGGCUGGUACCAGAGUCUAAUGAAGGUGCUGCUGUCACGGUUUCCUCAGAGCUGCCGCCAUUUUGUGGACGACAGCGGGAUCCAGUACCUGGCUGUCCUUAACCAAAAAUUCAUCGACUGCUUUGUUCUAGUCUUCCUCGACGCCCAAGCAGGGAAAACGAGCCUCAAGGUUGUUUUCAGAGAGCCACUGCCUUCCCAACCGCAGCCUAGCAACAGCCCACCGCCGCAGUUGGUGUCCAUGUACCACCACCUGGAGUCUGUCAUCAACACGGCUUGUUUCAACCUAUGGACCGGUCUUCUCUAGGGACUGAGCACGGACCCUGAAUAAGCCUGCGCAUGCGUGCCUACAUGUGUCCGUAUCUGCAACUAUGCACGAGUGUGCUUUUUGCGUUUUAAGUGGUGAAUCUUUCUAUUGGUGAAGUCGGGCUGAUGUUUGCUAACGUGCAAAAGUUGGGCCAGUCGCGUCACUGAAAAGACUAUAAUUUGCACCCAGAUCGGCUAUCAAUUGAUAAACACUGAAGAAUGUUGUCCUUCUUAGAUGGUGCCAAAACAAUAAUCGCUUAGCACAAGGAGUGGAUUUCAAAGGAUACCCAUGAGUAUGUAGUAGUCAGGAUUUCCUUUGUGACAUCCAUUUGAGUAUUAUUCAAGCCAUUAUUGCUGAAUGGUGGAACGUUGAUGAGCAGAAUGUGGAAAAUUCAAACCAGUUGUUCCGGAAAGUUCCCUCCACCCAGAGUUGAAGACUUCUGAAUGCAAAAGACAUACGUCUGCCAGUACUGGGAGGUUUUGACAGCCAUGUCAAGAGGAGAGAGCAUUCUCGUAAAGGAGGGCACUUUAAAAACCCAUCGAGGCUUAGCUGAACACUACCUCAGAAAGAAGGAUUAUACAGAAGAAGCUUCAUACCUGAACCGAGCGUCGUACCUGGCAAACAAGUCAGUUAUGCAAAUGGCUCUUUAAAUGCACACGCUUUUUAUCCGAACAAGGGCGGGCAUUUUAUAUGGGGCGUGUUUUUACUUCACAUCCGGUGGGUGAUCAAUCAAGUCCUAAAAGUGGGAAAGACGGCCUUGGGCCACCGAGAUUUGGAAGUCUCCUCCCUUCAUCAAACAUUUAAAGGAAAGCUACAGGAGGCCGCAUUUCAACCGAAUGUCAUUAACCAUGUAUGUCUGACUGCCUAGUUGAUUUUUUUGGCUCCGUGUCUCUAGCACGCGCACCCAGACCAGAGAGAUGAAGCGUUAGGAAUUUAUAGGAGUGUUGAGGAUGUACCCACCAUUUUGGGACAGGCGCAUCACCGACUUGCAUCGGCCGAUUUGUCACAACACGAUUUACCGUCAAACUCCAAACUGCACCGUUAUCUCGAAUGGUUACUCCUGGAUUACGCCAUACGGCACCUCAGAGCGUAAUUCCGAUUCCAAAGGGGAAGGGCUUUGCAAACGUGAACGCAAGCUGCUGUCCUGGCCCGCAGUGCUAGGUGAUUAAUUUUUCACACUUCCACCAUGUCAAAUAGGCUCCAUAACGUCCCCACUGCCAUGUCUGCAACUCAGAAGUGCCUCUUUUUUUUCUUUCUCCCUUUAACAAUGUGAUGGGAACGGCACUAUUAUGUUGACCUUGAAGAGGAAUCCUUGAAAAUCCAAUUAAACUGCCUAUUAAUUCUGCCACAGUUGAGGGCAUAGCUGGGUGCCGGUGUUAAGCAUUCUGCAGGAAAUGAAGGGGCGAAAACAAGGCCCAGGCUUACUUGGAACCGGUAUCAUUUGUCCCAGUAAGUGUAUGCACUGAUAAUACACACUCACUGCAAGCAUACAAGUAAACCUGAGAUAUAAUCGCAAUACUCAUACACAGCCUUAAUAGUAUGCAUUUGCUUAUCUUGAAGGAAACCAAAUAAUUUAUGGUCAGAGCCCCUAUUGGAAAGGGAUAAAGGCAAGGAGUUUUAAUCAUGAAAUUGUGUGCGAGACAAUGUACCUUUUGCAUUUUUUUUUAGUUAAGAACACUGGGUAUUUAAUACAGUCUAAUUAUUAAUGUACUUAAAUGCAAGAUGCUUAGUAAUUCAAAGGUGUGUUGAAAAGGUAAUAUAAUUUCAGUCUGACGCUGUUCUAUAUGUACAUUAUGUAUAUAAAAUGAAAAUCCUAUUGUAAGUAUAAAAUGCAGCAUUAAACAUUUCAGACAAUUCAAA